UUGACACCCUCUUUUUACUUUCGACAGUCCCAUUUUUAAUUUUUUUUUCUAUUUGACACCACAAUUUUUAUUUUUUUUGUUCAAUCCUCUUUUAAAUGGCUGAACCAUCAUUCGAUGCUGCUACUGCAAGUGCAACGAGAAAAAAUAAGGCAGACCCAGGCUGGAAAUAUUGUCAUUCACUGGUGGAAGGAGAUACAAACACCAUUGUUUGUAAUUUCUAUGGAAAAAUCACAAAGGGAGGAAUAACCAGAGCUAAACAACACCUGAUUGGGAAGUCGGGUAGCGUUGCAGCUUGCAAGAAAACUCCACCAAAUGUAGUCGAAGAGUUGAAGGAAUAUAUGACUACCAAAAAAAUGAGACCACUUACAGUACUUCUGGCAGUGGUAAUAUGGCAAAUAUAAGAGAUUUUGAAUUUGGUGAACCAAUUGGAUGUGGUGGAAGUGAAGAAGAUGAGUUUGCGGACUCUUGUAAUGCUGCUGCAAGUGCAAAGACAAAGUGUGAAACUAAAAAAGGACCAAUGGACAAAUUUUGUAAAAAUCCAGAAAAUGCAAUCAGUCGGAGAAAAAUGGAGAUGUUGAGGCAAAUGAACAUUAGAGAGUCAAUGGAUAAGAAUGAAGUAUUGAAGGUGCAUCAACAUAUUGCUCACUUUUGGUAUCAAGCAGGUUUGUCAUUCAACCUCAUUAAAUUGAAAAACUUUGAGAAUAUGGUUGCAGCCAUUGGUCAAUAUGGGCCACAUUUACCCAUUCCUAGCUAUCAUGACAUUAGAGUUCCACUUCUCAAGAAGGAAGUUGAAUAUACUGAAAAUUUGAUGAAAGGCCAUAGGGAGCAAUGGGUCAAGUAUGGUUGUACUAUUAUGUCUGAUGCAUGGACUGAUCGGAAACAAAGAUGCAUCAUUAAUUUUUUGAUUAACUCUCAAGCUGGUACCAUGUUUUUGAAGUUUGUUGAUGGCUCUGAUUUUGUAAAGACAGGUGAAAAGCUUUUUGAGUUGCUUGAUGCCAUUGUGGAGGAAGUUGGAGAAGAGAAUGUUGUUCAAGUUGUAACCGAUAAUGGGAGCAACUAUGUUUUAGCGGGUAAGUUGUUGGAGGAGAAAAGGAAACAUAUUUAUUUGACUCCUUGUGCAGCUCAUUGUAUUGAUUUGAUGCUUGAAGAUAUUGGGAAGCUUCCCUUGAUAAGGAAGACAAUUAGAAGGGCAAUUAAUCUAGUUGGAUUUAUCUAUGCCCAUUCUAAUACCUUAAGUUUGUCGAGAAAUUUUACAAACAAGAGGGAAUUGGUGAGACAUGCUAUUACUAGACUUGCCACUUCUUAUCUAACCUUGGAAAGGCUCCACAAAGAGAAAGCAAAUAUUAGAAAGAUGUUUACUUCUGAUGAAUGGACCUUGAACAAGCUAUCUAAGGAGCCUAAGGGAAAAGAAGCUGCAAAGGUAGUUCUCAUGCCUUCUUUUUGGAAUAGUGUGGUUUACAUUCUUAAAGUCAUGGCUCCACUUGUGAAAGUGCUUCGUCUUGUGGAUGGUGAAAAGAAACCAGCCAUGGGCUAUAUUUAUGAAGCAAUGGACAAGGCAAAAGAAACAAUUAUCAUGUUUUUUAACAGCAAUGAAAGCAAGUACAAAGAUGUGUUUGCAAUCAUUGAUAAAAGAUGGAAUUGUCAGCUUCAUAAGCCAUUGCAUGCAGCUGCCCACUUCUUAAAUCCAGAGUUCUUUUAUGACAACACUGACUUGGAGUUUGAUUUUGAGGUCACCAAUGGUUUGUUUGAGUGCAUUUAGAAGUUGAUUCCACAAUUUGAUGUGCAACAAAAAAUUCUAACCGAGUUGCAUCUUUACAAGAUUGGUGCUGAACACUUUGGUUCUAACUUUGCAAUGACUCAAAAGAAAACUCAUUCUCCUAGUAAGAAACUUUUACCAUAUGACAAAUACAAAUACCAUACUAUUUUUUUAUGUAUUAGUGUUAUAAUUCAGAAUUCUAACUUUGAAGUUAUGCUCUUGGUUGGUAAUUGGUAUUGCAGCAUAUUGGUGGCAAAUGUUUGGGUCACAAACUCCAAAUUUGCAAAAGCUAGCUAUUAAAAUUUUGAGUUUGACUUGCAGUGCUUCAGGAUGUAAAAGAAAUUGAAGUGUGUUUGAGCAAAUUCAUUCCAAAAAAAGAAAUAGGCUUGAGCACAAGAGGUUGCAUGAUUUGGUGUUUGUCAAAUACAACCAACAAUUGAAGCAAAGAUAUAAUGCAAGAGAUGAAAUUUAAAUGAUGUUAUCUUUGUGAUAAUGUUCAUGCAAAAAAUGUAAAGUUAGUUAAUGAUGGAACAUUUCUCUUUACCUUUCAAUUCCCCAUUAGCAUAUUAUAGAGAAAGCGAUAAUCCACCAAAAGGGUAUGUUCAACUAAUCAGUAUCCUUAUGGAACUUUAACAUUGGUCUGCUUUUGUAGUCAUAGUCAUGUGUAUCUCUACCCUAGUUGUCCCCAAGCCGAAACUCAUCACUCCUCCACAAAAUGAACAGCCAUCUAACCCUCUACCAACCAGAAAGUGCUGUAUUGGAGAUCAUGAUUCAAAAUGGAAAGUAACUUUGGAAAAUGCAGUGAUAGUUUUCUUGUCAAGCAAUAUUUUAAGACACCAAAUAAUUUUUGGCU